AUGACUAACGCGAUGGUUUCGAAUAUGCCCAUUGAUGAAGAAGACCAUCACGAGUUCUGUAUGGAUCUCCUACACGAAUCUCAUAAUGAUAACUCUCUACCCCUUAUUACAACAACACCUGAUAUGCCUGCAACUAUCCGAACCCAAGAUCGUCCUGUAGUCCUCUAUAUGGCUCCUGUUCAUAAACAAGAAAAUGACAAGAAAUGCAACUGUGGAAAAGAUGGUGACAGUAGCUCAUCUGGUAUCUCCAAAGGAAUCCAAAAAGUUACCAUCCAAUAA